AUGGACGUCGCUUCCUACUUUCUGCUUUUCACGUGCUUUCUUCAAUCGGUUAGAGGAAUACUAGACCCCAACGAUUUCCUCGCUCUGCAAUCCAUUCGGAAAUCGCUUCACGAUGUCCCCGGUUCCAAUUUCUUCGCGUCCUGGGACUUCACCGCCGACCCCUGCAACUUCGCCGGCGUCUACUGCAACGACGAUAAAGUCGUCGCGCUCAACCUCGGCGACCCCAGGGCCGGUUCGCCCGGUCUCACCGGAAAACUAGACCAUUCGAUUUCCAAGCUUUCUGCUCUCGCCGACCUCACCGUCGUCCCUGGAAGAAUAUACGGCCCUCUCCCUCAGUCUCUCUCCCAAUUAAAAAACCUCCGGUUCCUCGGCGUCAGCCGGAACUUCAUCUCCGGCGAGAUUCCGGUGGGUUUAGGCCAGCUUCGCAAUAUUAGAACCAUCGAUCUCAGUUACAACCAGCUGACCGGAACAAUUCCUCCGUCCAUCGGAACCUUACCGCAACUAACCAACCUUAUCCUCGGCCACAACCGCCUCUCCGGUUCGGUUCCCUCGUUCGCCUCGGCUUAUUCCCUUACCCGGCUCGAACUGAAGCACAACACGUUCUCCGGUUCCCUCGCACCGUACUCUCUCCCUCCCUCCGUACAGUACCUCUCUCUAUCAUGGAACAAACUAACUGGCCCCUUGGACCGCCUCUUAACCCGGCUCAACCGACUUAACUACUUAGACCUUAGCUUCAACCAGUUCACAGGCCCGAUUCCGGCCCAAAUAUUCUCAUUCCCCCUCUCCAAUCUACAAAUGGAAAGAAACCAAUUCUCCGGCCCGGUCCAACCGGUCAAUGAGGUGACCAUUCAGACCGUUGAUCUCAGCUUCAAUAGGUUAUCCGGUGAGGUGUCGCCCAUGCUAGCGAGCGUGCAGAACCUGUACCUGAACAACAACGGGUUCACGGGUCAGGUUCCGGUCAGCUUCGUGGAACGGUUAUUAUCGGCGGGCAUUCAAAUACUGUAUCUGCAGCACAAUUUUCUGACCGGAAUUGCGAUAAGCCCGACGGCGGAGAUUCCGGUGAGCAGCACCCUGUGUUUGCAGUAUAACUGCAUGGUGCCACCGGUUCAGACGGCGUGCCCCUUCAACGCCGGGAAGCGGAAAAUCAGGCCACCUCAGCAGUGUAACCGCCGCUAA